UUUAGCUUUUUCUGUGUUUCGAAUUGUCUUGUAAUCAAAGAGGGGUUUUAGAUAAAAACAUACGAAAGUUAAGGUUAAAAGGCUAACUAAUUAUAUUGUAAUUCCAUCAAGUUGGAUUAAUCUGAGGUGUCAGUUUGAAUAAUUACAAUGUUAAUAAUCUUUAUUUGUUGAUGAAUUAGUUGGGUGAAUUGCAGAUGAUAAUCGUAGUUUGCUAGGUUUUUGGUGGUUAACAUGAUGGUUACAGGAAAAUGCCUGGGAGUUUUAAUUUGAUUCAAUUCUCAAUAGAUUUGUGAUGUUCACUAUGAAAGUUUACAGUGUUGUCAAGUAGCGAGCGGUAUUGGACUUUUUAAUUUUUUUGUUAUUGGCCUAGUGGCCAACACAUAAGUAAACACUUGCGGGGAGGGAUGGAUGGAUGUAGUAGUCCGGGUUCGAACUCGGGAUUCCAUAUAUGAUGUCCUAAGAGGCAAACCACUAAACUGUAACAAUGAAGACAACACCGAUAUUUAUAGUAGAGUGCCGUCAAAUAACAACUAUAGCAGCACUAUGGCACUGUAGCAUAGCAAAAUUUGAAAAAUUCGCUAUUGAAACAGUGACAUUUAACUAGUUAUACGUUUCAACAACAACAACAACCAAGCCGUAUUCUAUGAAGUGGGGUCAGCUACAUGAAUCAACUUCUGUCAUAAUGUUCUAUCGAGGACCAUGCUUCUAUCCAAAUUGUUAUUUUUUUAUUGCAUCCAGGCGGCGAUGUGAUGGCCUUUCCUCUUUUGGUAUUGAACUCGAGCCAUACAGCGUGUUGCUUAUGGGCAACUACCUUGCAUUCACAUUAUUUCGCAGUUGAUCCAUGUCAUAGAGAUUCGACAAAAUUUUACGUUGACUGUUGAUUGCCUAACACUAGUCUCUCCUUUUAUGCAACCUUGGGACCAUGAUGAUUUUUUAUGACUAUUUGCACAUGGGACAGUGUUUUGAUGACUCUGAGCCGAUUUUCCCUGGAAACAAAUUCGCACCAAGAUCUCGGGGCUUGACUGAGAGCAAUAUUCUUAGAAGUUUCUCAGCUGAUAAAGAGAGAGCAAACAAUGUUGCUAAGAUCAAAGUUGCAGUUAGGAAGAGACCACUGAAUAAGAAGGAAAUAGCAAAGAAAGAGGAAGAUAUUAUUACAAUAAAUUCAAAUUCUCUCACAGUACACGAAAGAAAACUCAAGGUUGACUUGACAGAAUACGUUGAGAAACACGGGUUCUUUUUUGAUGCUGUGCUGGAUGAAGAUGUUUCAAAUGAUGAAGUGUAUGCUGAGACUGUAGAGCCCAUAGUUCCAUUGAUAUUCCAACGAACAAAAGCAACUUGCUUUGCUUAUGGCCAAACUGGGAGUGGGAAGACGUAUACAAUGCAACCAUUGCCUCUCAAAGCAUCCCAAGAUAUUUUAAGAUUAAUGCACCACACGUACCGGAGCCAAGGUUUCCAAUUAUACUUUAGUUUUUUCGAAAUAUAUGGGGGGAAACUGUUUGAUCUCCUCAAUGAUAGAAAAAAACUUUGCAUGAGGGAGGAUGGUAAACAGCAGGUUUGCAUUGUUGGCUUGCAGGAAUACAGAGUAUUUGAAGUUGAAACAAUCAAGCAAUUUAUUGAGAAAGGAAAUGCUUCAAGAAGUACUGGUACAACCGGUGCAAAUGAGGAAUCAUCUCGUUCGCAUGCUAUACUUCAACUUGUUAUCAAGAGAUCAGCUGAUGGGUCUGAAUCAAAGCCCGCCCGAGUCAUAGGCAAACUAUCUUUCAUAGAUCUGGCUGGAAGUGAACGCGGUGCUGAUACUACAGAUAAUGAUAAGCAGACUAGGAUUGAAGGGGCUGAAAUUAAUAAAAGCUUACUUGCACUGAAAGAAUGCAUCAGAGCCCUAGACAGUGACCAAGGGCAUAUCCCCUUCAGAGGAAGUAAAUUGACUGAAGUUCUACGAGACUCUUUUGUUGGUGAUUCACGGACUGUAAUGAUAUCUUGCAUUUCUCCAAGCUCGGGUUCAUGUGAGCAUACUCUCAACACAUUAAGAUAUGCUGACAGGGUAAAGAGCUUGUCAAAGGGGAACAGCUCCAGAAAGGAUUCACUUUCUCUAUCCAACCUUAGAGACUCAGCUGUAUUGCCGAUUUUACCUCAUGAUGAUACCUACGAAGAUGAAAUAACAUAUGUUUCCGGUGAGAGGAAUCAAUUUGGAUGGUCCAAACAGUCUCAAAGAGAACCCUCGCCUCCAAAGAAGAUGGACCGUGUUGCAAGUGGUAGGAAAGAGGAAAAUUUGGAACCAUCUGUGUACUCUGACCGACAAAGAGUUAUUCGAAAUGACAGAGCUGAGAAAGAAAACGAUUACCUAAUACCAACAUAUGGACAAGACAGAACAAGAAAAGCGAGCAAGAGGAUAGAUAACAACCAGUUAUCUACCGUAGAAGACAAAAGGAAGAUAGACUCUCGUGCUAAACAUGCAAAUCUAUCAAAUGUUGAGAAUACAUAUUCUGAUCACGAUGAUGAUUUUAAUGCUCUGCUGAAGGAUGAGGAAGAACUUGUAACUGCUCACCGCAGACAAGUGGAGGAAACAGUAGAUAUUGUUAGGGAGGAGAUGAAUUUGCUCUUUGAAGCUGAUCAACCAGGAAAUCAAUUGGAUACUUAUAUUUCCAAAUUGAAUACCAUUUUGUCUCAAAAGGCAGCAGGAAUAUUUCAAUUGCAGACUCAGUUGGCUCAAUUCCAGAGACGUUUAAAUGAGUACAACUUUUUCUCAUCCUCAGGUGACUGAUUGUGCUUCUGAGAAAACGGUAUGAUGUAUUGUGGGUGUGAAUUAUCUGUGUUUUCAGAUAUUGCUGCUAAGAUUUCAUUGGCGUGGAGUGUUUCUCGCAUGUACAUUAAGAAUUUUGACAAGAUCACUGGUUUUUUGAGUCCAGAAAUAGGGAUCAACACAUUCUCCGUGUCACUCUCUUAGGUCUUAAAUAUAAGUGAAAAGUUAAAUAUAUUUGAUUUAAAUUUAGAUUAAAUAUAUUUGAUUUUUUUAGUUAUAUCUAAAAUCAGAGUGAGUACAUUUUAUCCCUCAGAUGAGUCACAACUGUGACUUGAACUAAAUUGAACUAUUUACAAAUUGUAUGUCCACAUGCUUGUUUGGCCUAUACUAUUUGUAACCUGUGAAAUAUACCUUACACAGUCAAAUCACUUGGGUUGUUGCUUGUAUUCUUGCAACCGAGAGUCUUCAUUUGACAUUUUUCUGUUGUAUACCAGCUUCCUUGGUGCAUUUUGAUUAUGGCUUGAAUGUCUUGUCUACUUGUAUUGUAUCAUCAUUAUGAUUCCAAUGUUCUUUUCUUUUUCCCC